CUGAAAGUGUAUAUAAGUAGAAGUGGAACAACACUCACUUGCACAAAUUUUAAAAAUGAAGUAUUUGCAUAUCUUGGGACUCUUGGUCUUUUUGGCCGCUUCUGGAUCGACUUUCGAUCGCGAUAAGCAAUUCUACGGGAUUUCUAAGGAGCAUUUCGGGCAGCUGACGAUUCCGGAACAAAAACCUGCGCCUGUGGAACUUUUGCAGCACAAGAUAUCCUUCUCCCAAUCCAAACGUCAGUCCUUCACAGCAUUUGAUUUGCGUGUGAUACGUUUACUACGUAAAUUGGGGUUAUUGAAUAUCAAUGCUGAUCAACUGCUGGAUACUCUCGAAAAGGACAAGAAUCAAACACGACUUUCAUGAAGAUUUCUUUGAAUUCAUUUUUAUGGAAAAAACUUGGAAUUGAAAAAUGUAAUUUUUACCAUCGACC